AUGAAGUCGAGGCAAUUGGUGGUCAGCAGCGAAAUCGUUGAAGCUCUUGCUGUCAAGAGUGGGGUGGGCAGUGCGUGGUUAUCGGGCGCUGACGAUGAUGUCGACGGUCGAUUGUAUCCCAAUGAUUUGGAGUGGCAGGGCGUAGGAUUGAGGAGUAAGAAAAAUGAGAGCAAGAGGAGAAAGCGCAGUGUAGUAUAG